UUUACGAAAGAGUAACGAUGAGAGCGAAAUACUUCAUAUGUGAUGACGAGGAAAUCGAGGACCUGAAUCUAAAUAAAUCGAUCAGUAAAUAGAUCUAGCAUUCUUCCUACUGUUUUACGAUUGGAUAAUGAGGGGAGCAGGGGACGAGAGGAUGAGGGGAGAAGAGGCCGUGUAUUUGUGGCGUUCAAGUCGGUAGCUACGAUUGCCUUCUGGCAAACAUUAUCGUGACACCGUUUUGUGCGUGUUGAAGAGUUAGUGGAGUUCGUCGAUCGGUGCUACCACGGUAUCGACCGGUUCGGUUGAUGACCGCGCGCUUCUGAUCCAUGAAUUCAGUGAUAUAAUUUUUCUCGGUGUGCAAUUUCCUGUGCAUCGUGAUAUAACAAUUCUGUGAUUAUUCUUCGCGCAACAUACUGGCAAGUAACUCACGAAUCAUUGAGUAAAUUCUCGCAUCGACUAGACUAUAUUCGUUUCGCUAUGCGAUCACUUCCGCGUACAUGAUGUAGAACAGUAUGGCUAUCAGCAUAAAAUUCACAAAAUUCGAUAACACACCAUGGGGAUUUCGAUUGGCGGGUGGAAGCGAUUUUCCACAACCAUUGACUGUCAUCAGAGUCACAGAGGGAAGUUUGGCGGAAUGUAUGGGUUUAAAAGUCGGCGACGUGGUGGUAAGAUUAAACGAUCAACCCAUUAGCUCUUUAACCCACGGACAGGCGCACGAAGAAUUAAUGCGAGCAGGAAAUAAUUUUGUUCUUGGUGUGCUGAGACAAGAAGAUUUCGUCAAGGCUGCCGAGGCGCUGUCCGAGGAGAACAUCGUCCCUUAUAAGAUCCCUCUCGCAGAUUUGCCACCAGUUUUCCCGGAGCAAAUCUUGAAGGAGGAGACCGUGAUCGAACGUCACGAGUAUGAGAUAAAGACGUGCGAGGAGGAAGAGGGAUCGAAGCAAGAGGUGGAACCCCUCCCGGACAAGCCGAAAGACGCCAACAGCGAGAUCGUGCCGAAUCAAAAUCUCACGGACGACGAGAUCGCGCAAUUGAUCCUCGAGGAAGAGGAACUUUUGGACGAUAAAGGCGUUUUGGGGGUGAACUUUAAGAAACUGAGGCCACGCGUCACGGUUCUGAAGCAAUCGAAGGUCAUAGAAGAGCUUCAGAACAUAGCCACAGCCGAGCCACCGUUGGUCGAACAGUUGAGACGUACCUCGGUGUUCCUUCAGAAACCGCAGCGGCCGAUACCGACACCCCGCAAGAAGCAGGAGGAGGGGGAGCAAGAGAAAGAGGCGGAGUCGUACAAAGUUGUGAUAAAGAAGCAGAAAAGGAGAAGCGUGACCGACCGGCUGCUAGAGAGGGGCUUGCUGAGACCGGAGGGCGCAAGCACCCCGGAGCCCUUCACUCCCGAGGCGACACCGUCGGCCACUCCUGAGCCGGGCUACAGAUCGGAUCGGGAACCUGAAUCGCGACCAGAAUCGAAGGCCGAAUCGAAGCGUUCGGAGGAGGAGGGCGAGGCCGAGCGCGGGCAAGCGGUGGAGGAGACGUGCGACGACGCCGAGGAGAAGGUUGAGGAGGAGGUUCGCGAGGAAGGGGCCAAGGGGGGGGAGGAGGAGAGGACGACGGAACGCGAGAGCGUUUUGAACGAGAUCGAGAAGGAGAUGGCGGACGUCGCCGCGAAGGUCGAUAAGGAGAGGAUCAAGGAGUUGGUCACGACGGAGAUCAAUCUGGAGAAGCAACUGGAGAACGUUCAACGCCAGUUGUUGUCGUUGAAACAACUUCCGAGCGAGAUCGAGAAUCACCUGAGAAUCGUGUCCGAGCAACUGCAGAAGAUCAUGGAGUUGAGCGGUGUCCAAAACGGCGCCGCCGUUAACGCUAACGGCAAGGAGGAGGAGGAGGAGGAGGAGCGGCGAGGAGGAGGAGGAGGAGAGCCGGAAGAGCGGGCGAAAGACUCGGAGGAGGGGAAAGAGUCGGAGGAAGAACGCGCGGAGGAGGCGGAGGAAACGGAGGAACAGGACGUGACGGAGUACACGGAGGAUAUCUCGUACUCUGCCUAUUCGGACGAGCAUCUGAGGAUCGUCCAGCCUAGCGAGGAUGAGGGGGAGGAAGAGACCGAGACGCAGGAGCUGGAAGGGACGCUAUCGGUGAAGAGCGAGGAGGGAAGCAGGGUGAAGAAAUUCGUCGUCUCGUACGAGACCAAGGUUCUGAAAUCGCCUAGUCCGGCACCGUCUCACGGCAGUUUCGAACCAGAUCCAAAUCUAUCGGCAAAAGAUCAAGUUAUUCAGGAGUUGCAGGAGAGAGUGAAGCAACGAGGGAGGAAACGUUCGCAAGAUCUCUGGCCCCAGGCUAAGCAAGUCGAACUUACGCUUGGCCGCAGAUGGAGGUGUCCGAAUGAUUUCUUCAAUGACGAAAUGAUUGCCGAGGUUUUAUCUUCCCAGGCGGAAGUGAUUCGAGGCAGAGCCUUGGGAGUAAACUUUAAGAAAUACGAAAAGACGAAUCUACCGAACUUUGAUCACUUAAUGAACUCGAGCGUCUAUAAAAUGAUUCAUAAAAUGGAGAAAGAGCCGAAGAGAGGAAUUCCAGCUAGGCCUGCCAAAGUGAACGCCGCGGAGGAUAUAAUCGAGAGGGUUAAAUCUCCAGCGUUCAGUAUCGCGGACGACAGAAGUACUCGGAGCGUCAGUCACUGAACAUUGCGAGGAAAGGAUAGAAUUCUUUUUUACGGGAUGACGGAUGAUAAAGAAUCGACUCGUCGACGAUAAAUGAGAAAAAUUGAAAAAAAAAGAAGAAACAAACAAACAAUGAGAAUACGUGCGCUAUGCCAGAAUGUAUAAAACCACAAAACUAAUCAACUAGAAUCACGUGUGCGUGUCGUGUCUAUACGUGUGUCUUCGAACACGAGAAAGCAAUGUCAAGAAACGUUAUACGAAUUAAGCGUUAAAUAAAAGGAUUGAUUUUUUUUUUU